UUUGAGUUAGCGACAUCUUGUGGAACAGUAGGUUUUAGCUUGUGAAAUCAGUGGUUUUCUCGAACAUCCAAUGUUUAUGGUGUAGUAAAAUUGUCAGAAAACUGUAAAAUGUCAGCAAACAAUACGAAGCUUUCCACAACGGAGCGGGUUAUAAAAAGUGUGCCAUUCCCGCCUAGUCACAAGCUGACCACGGCCGAAGUGUUCGACACACGGACGACAAAACCGCGGCCAGAUGUGCUGAAGCAGCACUUCAUACUCGAAGGUCGGAUAGAUGAGACGGCGGCACUUCGUAUUAUUAAUGAAGGCGCGACAUUACUGCGAUCAGAGAAGACUAUGAUCGAUAUAGAAGCGCCCGUUACAGUAUGUGGAGAUAUCCAUGGCCAGUUCUACGACUUGAUGAAGUUAUUCGAAGUCGGAGGACCUCCGGCCACCACAAAAUACCUCUUCCUAGGUGACUACGUAGACCGAGGAUAUUUUAGUAUAGAGUGUGUGUUGUACCUGUGGGCGCUGAAAUUGUGUUACCCUACCACAUUAUUUCUAUUACGGGGAAACCAUGAAUGUAGGCAUCUAACAGAAUACUUCACAUUUAAACAAGAAUGUAAAAUAAAAUAUUCAGAACGUGUAUAUGAGGCAUGCAUGGAAGCGUUCGACUGCUUGCCACUUGCUGCCCUUAUGAACCAGCAGUUCCUCUGUGUCCAUGGAGGUCUUUCACCAGAAAUUCACAACCUGGACGACAUUAGAAAGCUGGACAGAUUCAAAGAACCUCCUGCCUUUGGCCCAAUGUGUGAUCUUCUGUGGUCAGACCCCCUAGAAGACUUUGGCAGUGAAAAGAAUGCUGAACACUUCAGCCAUAACAGUGUGAGAGGUUGCUCAUAUUUCUAUAGUUAUGCUGCAUGCUGUGAUUUCCUUCAAAACAACAACCUGCUUUCCAUAAUUAGAGCGCAUGAAGCCCAAGAUGCAGGUUACCGAAUGUACAGGAAAAGUCAGACAACAGGUUUCCCAUCGCUCAUCACAAUCUUUUCGGCACCGAACUACCUGGAUGUAUACAAUAAUAAGGCGGCAGUGCUGAAAUAUGAGAAUAAUGUGAUGAACAUUCGGCAGUUCAACUGCUCCCCCCACCCAUACUGGUUGCCCAACUUCAUGGAUGUGUUCACAUGGUCCUUGCCAUUUGUUGGUGAAAAAGUGACAGAAAUGCUGGUGAAUGUGUUGAACAUCUGUUCAGAUGAUGAACUCAUGUCCGAUGGUGAUGAUGCCCUGGAGGAAGGGAAACUUUUUAUACAAAAGAAUGCCGCCAAUCUACGGAAAGAAGUAAUCCGAAACAAGAUCCGUGCCAUUGGCAAGAUGGCUCGUGUCUUCUCUGUACUUAGCUCUGCAAGGUUUUUCACCAAACCACAAAAUUACAUCAUUUGCUGAGGCGAAAGGAUUGGAUGCCAUCAAUGAGAGGAUGCCUCCAAGAAAAGAUGCUCCGCCAACUCCAGCUGGAGAUGACAAGAAGUUGGCAGUAUCCCCAACACAGCAGGGCAAUCAGACCAGUAAUUCCCACACUAACACCAAUGCUCACUCAUGAGCAGUUCUAAACCACCAUGUCACAAUGCACCAUGAGGUUUGAAGCUGGGGCUGAAGUCUUCAUGUCUUGCAGUAAUGGUGGCACUAACGAGUGGGUGCAUUGUGUCUCACUGGCACCAUCCAUUUCACUACUUUCCCAUGUUUACAUUACUUGUGUUGGUAGGCUACUCCCCAUCAUCAAUACCAUCACACAAACAACAUCGCUAGUGUUCUACCACAAGAUAAUUUUUAUGGCCAUUGCCUGCAUCAUGAUGGCAAAGCUGCAGCGGGCUGCAGUACAAACCUGGCAAUGGGAACAUUCUUGUUAUCGUUACUUGGUAUUACAGUGCUGGCAAUCCUUCCCCUGCCCAAAGUGUCUUCUUCACAAGGCACAGCGAGAGGUUGUUUUAUGCUGAAUGAGAGAGUGUAUGAAGCGAGGAAUGGUAAUAAGGGGCCCUUCAGAAGGAUGUGUAUUUUACCAUUUUAAAUUCAAGUCUUAUUUAAAGGUUUAAUAUGGCUGACAAAUUUUGAUAUUACAUAACCCGUACUAGUCAUAAUAUUUAAAAAGGUAUCAUAUUUUUGCUUUAGUUUUGUAGCUGUUCUUAAAUUGUGUUCAAUAUUAUAAAUGGAGCAUUGAUGUGUGUGUGUGUAUGUGUGCACGCACGCUCCUGUGUGCAUGCAUGUUUUAGUUCUUCAUAGAGAGUUUUAUGUAACAAGGUAUGCCUAAUAGUGUAGUGGCCUAUUAGUAUGUUCUUUGGAAAAUAAAUUAAGAUUUUCUUUAUGAACGAUCAGAAUAAUUCAGACUAUAAAAAUAUGUAUGUUGAUGAAAAAAUAAUGAAAGUUUUUGUUUUUUUUUAACCUUAGAAUUAUGAAUUAAAGUUAGUAGUGUGCUCUUUGGAGCUGUCUUUAAGAGUCUCUCUCUCUCUUUCACUCAUUCACUCACCAACCCACCCACUUAUGGAAGAAAUUGUAAUAUGUGAAUUUACUUCAGUACAAUUUUUAGUAGCUAUAAUGUCACAUCUAAUGUUGAGGUUAAGAAUGUGUGGAACAGUACCUCCCCUAUCCGAUACUUCUUCUUUGCAUGGUACUUAAUUAAGCACAGGGGCAAGUUUACCUUUGUAGUGCACUUUACCAUUUUGGUUUUGUUUUUAAAUUGCAGGGUAAGCAUGAGAAAUGGUAGGACAUGUCCUUAUGAAUGACCCCUUACAUUACUGGUAGAUGCAUUUGGAUAGAGAGGACACAUGGAUGUAAGAGAACCUACUCCUCAUGACAACCCUACCAAUGAGCUGACCUGUCUUGUUUCAUUCUAAGCAUUUUGUCAGUGGCUUCAUUUUGUUGAUGUUUCAAUUAAAUGAGUAAGUGAGGUUUAGAUCUUGUACAUAAUACUUUUUUACUCUGUACUUUUGAAACGUGAAGUUCUGACGUUUGUUGACAGCAGGAAUGUGUUCCGUUAUUUGAAAGCAAUAUAAGUUGCCUAAAUGGAUGUUCUCUCUGUUCAAACCCAUGCAUGUGUUGUUUAUACAUAGUCAAUUACAUCCAAAGAAAUGGAAUGGAAGUGGAUAUGGUGACAGUCUAUAGUUACUAUAUUUACAAGAAUUUAAGUCAUAAGUCAGAUUGUUUUGAAUCGGAAAGAUGUACUUAUAAACAAGAAUGAAAUGGAUUUAGAAUUAGAGAAUAAUUCUUUGUGGAAUAGCAGGAAUUGCAGGGAUUAUAUAUGAGGUAUGUGAAAUUGUGAAUUUGAACAUGCGAGAUGAGUUUAAGAAUGUCAUCUGCAGCUUGCAUGUCUCAUCAGUUUCGAUUACCAUGUUUCCAUUGCCUUAAACAUAAGAAAAUCUGGAUAUUCAAAGAGAAAGGAAAUGACAAAAGUAAUAAAAAUAUAAAUUUAAAAUGUUUAAAAAAAAGGUUUUACUAUUAAAUACAUAUAAUUUUUGUGUGUUUUUUCUUGCUAAAGAAAAAUGAAAUGGAAAUGAUAUCUCUCUUUGCUACCAAGUUGUACUUAUUCAUUUUCUUGUACAAACAUGUUACAUACAUAAUUAGAGUGUGUACGACUCUUUCUAAGGGAUUCCUUGUAUGUAAAGUUUAAGAGAAGAGAAUAAUUAUACUAUAUAAAUGCUAUAUUAGGUCCCUCGGAAUAAAUGUUGGUGUGGCAAAUGGUGUAGUAUGUAGAAAGAAUGAGAUGAGAUGAGAACUCUAUUGUUUCCUUCCAGUUUUUCUAAGAAUUUUAUAUAUAUUUGUUUUUUUUUAAUUUAGUUUUAUUAUUCUCACCAUGUUUUCUUAUCAUCUUCAUCUUCAAAGAAUGCAGGUAUUUUCUUAAUAACUGUUGAAGCAACAAAGAACUUAUGUUUUAUAUCUAUGUAUGUUAUUGUGUAUGUAUAUAUAAAUUUUAUUUACUUGGUGCAAUGUUUUGGCUCUUUGUAGGAAUCUAGUUAAAAAUUAAUUUUUUUAAAGAAAACCCUAGUUAAGUAUAAAAAAUCGUGGUUUUUUAGUGUAAACUAGGAGCGUGAGAAGGAAUGAAUGAAUGAAUGGUGGUGCGUGUGUUUCUGAGAAUGGUGUUGAAGGGUUGUGGAACUUGUGUAAAGACCUAAUGCGGCCAUAGAACUGAACACAAGAGUCGAUGUUUUCACAUAAAGACUUGUUCUGUAGAUGCAAAUCAUGCCGAGGGACUUGUUCUUUGUACAGUAAACAAAUCAUGAACGUCAGUGUAAUGUUUUUUCAUUCAACUGUAGUUUGGUAGAAAACUUGCUUCCUGUCCAGUCAUAUGCCAUUGUCUGUUUUUCUUGAUGAAAAGAUUAUUUGAGAAAAAAAAUAUAUGCUGUUUCCCAUCAAAGCAAAGAAAGUCACAUCUUUUUCAGAAAUAGUAUCAUAUAUCUGCCAUAUAUAUCGGGGAAGAGGUUAAGAAUUUUCCUCGAAGCCUUUUGAAAUGCAUAUUUGCUAUAAUGAUCGGAUUGUAUAUGUCUCCUGUUUCAGUCGUUGCUUGGGGUGAAAACUAAUGCCUCACCACUUCAGACCUUUCCCCAAAAGUUUCAUCACUCAGAUGGGACUCUUGCCUUUUCUACUACAUAGUCUGUAAGGAAGUAAUCUAUAUACCUUUUGUGGUGUCUUGGAAAGUUUUGCAGUGAAUAUCUUAUGUUGAUGUGUUGUUCCAUUAUUUUCCAUGAAUUUGCCUUUUCCUCAGGCGUGAGCACAGAGGAUUACAAUUGAAAGAACUUGAAAAGGCUGACAAAAUAGACUGGUAAAUGUGAAUGUUGCUGACAAAUUGGUGGAGAGGAGGAUGCCUUAGUAUCCUUGAAGACUCCAACCAAACGGAUGUGGCGGUAGAAGUGUGCAUAACUUCUGUUGUUCCUGGAUUUAUUGUUACUGCAAGUUUCCCCUCUCAGUCGUCUCAUUGUGCAUAAAUCCUCCCUUCUUGUGUGUAAUAUUACGUAAUUGUACAGUAUUCACAAGUGGGACUGUUUUUUUAUAUUUCUUUUUGCAAAGUGUGAUCAUCUUGCCAAUGUUGUUGAUUAAAUAAAUGUUAUUGCUAUAUCUUAUAAAGACAAAAGAAUACAUAACAGAAUUAUGAUGAUUA